CCGAGUAUAACCUCUUCAUAUAACGUAGACAUACACCAAGAUGUCAUUAUUCUGCAGUCUGGAAUAUCGCUAAAUUUCGAACAAUUAAAUUUCCCAUUGGGUCUUAAAUAUAUACAAAAAUUUGAAAUGAACAACCCAGAGAUCAGCGUAAAUGUUUUCGGUUAUGAAAACAAGUCGGUCGUUGGUCCAUAUUACUUAACAAAGGAGACGAAAAGCAAUCACAUUAAUUUAAUAUUGCUGCACAAUGAAGAAAAUUUUCAUUACAUUUUGGUUAUGGAUAUGUCUUGUCUUAUGCGGUCUCAAUUCACAAGUCAUAAGGAGAAAGGUUAUUUUUGUUUUGGAUGCCUGCAAUGUUUCCACGAUGAAAAUAAAUGUAUGACUCACAAAAAGCAGUGUGGAAAAGUAGUCUGUGCCCUGCCGAACAAAAAAGAAGCCGUACUGAAGUUCGUCAAUCACAAGAAAAAGGAUAAGGUGCCUUUCGUUAUUUAUGCUGACUCCGAAAGUGUACUGGAAGACGUGCAGGAAGAUGAGAACAAUGGGGCGAGUAAAAAAACGGAAAAGGUAAAGAAGCAUAUUCCAUGUGCUUUUAGUUAUUUUAUUAAAUGUAGUUUUAAUGAAAAUUUAAAUAAGUUAUUUAUAUAUAGUGGACCCGACGCAGCAAAUGUUUUUCUGAAAGAACUAAUUCAGGAUUGUAAAUUUUUGUAUGAUAGUUACCUAACCAAAACGAAACCUAUGAAUACUCUAACACCCGAAGAAGAGACAGCUUUUCUUAGGGAUAUAAAUUGUCGUAUAUGUGGCGAUAUUUUAGCGUCCCGCUAA